AAUGUUCUGUUACCAGAUGGAUGCAAGAUUUCUUGAAGUUGGAGGAAGAAAUACUUGACAUUUAACAUUUAGAAUGUGAAAUGUACAAGGUCUUGUACAAACAUUAAUGGAAUACUGUGAAUUACAUUCUGUGAUAAGUGGGGGAGUACUUGAUCAGUUGCUUAAAAAUCACUUGUGUGUGCCUUGAAUUAUGGUGGUAGGAUAAAAAAUGUCUUGUUCGCUGGUUAGUAGAUCAACAGUUGAGCUGCUUUUAGUGUUCAUUUGAGUGUAGUACAACCCAUUUGGUUUAAUGAGGUGUAACAGUCAAGGAGCGGUGUAUGUUCUGUUCAGCUUGCUGCAGUGUGUAAUCACUCUUAGUGGUUCUCAAGACAAAUAUGUUUAGCUUUCAGGAUUUUCUGUAAUAGCUGCUGUCAGUUUUGCAUGGAGGCAUUCUGUCAGAAGGGCUCUUCUAAGCAUAUGGAGCUAAUCUUUGAUUUCACAGUAUCAAUUCUUUAUUUUCCACAGUGCAGCGCUUCACUGAAUAAUUCUCGGAAAGCGCAUCUUCCUAUAUGAUUUAAAAUCUAAUACUUAGAAUAAGCUAAACAAGUUUUACUUUAAGAUUUCUUAUCUUACUUUCAUAAAUAUCAUUAAGACCUUUGAGUACAGUUACAAUACUGCUGACAAUGUCACUUAAUAGAAAUGUUUAUGAAGCAAUUCUAACAGCAAAGUCACUAAGUAAAACUGAACAAAAGUUUUAUAGUAAUAUUGCUGCACUUGAAAUUAAUGUAGGCUUGCUUCAGGGAAGUAUCCAAUUUUUCAGUCUUACAGUGGGCAUUGUGCCAUGCUUGAUCAGUUUUAUAUAUCACACGGUAUCUAGGUAUUGUAUAAAAAAAAAAAUGAAAAAUCCUGUCCUGUUUUUGCAAGUUUUCUUUUUCUCUCAUUGUUUACAAGAUAGACUGUAUGUAGUGACGUUUACAAGGUAAGGAUCAAAUCACUGCACUAAUGCAUGCUAUAUGGCUAUAAAACCUUUGGUGCUGUUUGCUCUAAAUAAGCACUGAAGAAUUUGGAGUUUUCAAGAAGAGCAGGUGAUGAGCUGCUGAUGCAAGCAGUGGGGUGCCUGAGACUUGUGGUGCAUGACAAGGCAGUGCUGUUUCCAGCACAGCAUUCUUCAGUCGGUGUGCCAGACAGUAGCCUUACUAUUGCAGGCUGGUUCAGCGUACACUUCUGUGUAUGGUGUUUUUGUGCAGCAGCACAGCCAAUGCCUCAAACCUGUGUCACGCCCGCAUUGCAAGCUAGCAGACUUUGUACAGGAAAACUUUUCACCCAAGGUGUGAGGUGCUGUGCUCCUUGGCCAGCUGACCUGGUGAAGGAGGGACUGAGCUGGAGUUGCCUAUACGCAAACUGCAGCCUGAAACCUCCUACAGAGAAAUGUAGGUUAUGUCAUGUGAGAUCUGAUAGUUCUUCAGCAUCCUUCCUAAAAUUACUCUCAAGGAUGGCAAGAAUUGAACCUAGCUGGGGAAAUAAAAUCCUGAAGCAUGUCAGCAAGGAGAGCCACGGGCCCUGCCUUGUACAUAUGGUCAAAUUGUGGAGCAGCAAGGAUGCUGGUAGCUUGGUAUGCGUGUCUGGGGCCAACUCGCUCGGUAUCCCAUUAGCCCUGCUGCAGGCACAGCCAGAGUCUCAUCUAACCCCUCAGUUAUGAUUCUGGUGUAAGCAAGCUUUGUUUCUAUGAUGGGACGUUCCUGUAACAGGACUACUGCUCGAUGUUGGUAUAAUGGCAGUGCUACUUUCCCUUCACUAUCGUAGGGGUAAUAUUUGACUUUCCACGUUGGUGCUUCAGGGUAGUGACUCAGUGCCCAUAAGCUGGAGAAGUUAUGGGCGUAAUGGUUGACGGGCAGUAAUUCAAUAGAGGAAAACAUGAUAGAACUUUGGGUAUUAAUUUUGAGAGAGAUAUAUAUUUAAAUAUGGAAAAUCUAGGAAAAUCCAGGGAAAAUCUGGGAAAAAUAUAUUGGAAAAAAUAGCUAGGGUAUGCCUAGCCUUGCAGAGGCAACUUGUUUUUCAAAAUGCCCUAACCAAACUGUAGAAAUAUUCAUGACUUAUAAAGUACCUUUUUUUUGUAAAAUAAAAUAAAAAAACUCCUUACACAGACGCGUAUUGAGCGCAUGGAAUAGUUCAUAUUCGGUUGUAUCCAUGCUGUUAAUUGAAAGGCUGGAGAAAGAAAAGGGGAAAUGGAACACAUGUUAUGUACUGCUGAUGGGCUGACUAAAUAUAAAGUAACAGAAAAGUAAUCAACCAGCUAGCUGCAGACGUUGCUGAUGUCAGGAGAAAAGUAUAUUUUGCCCUCUGACACUUCAUUCUGUACUUGGUCCACGUUAUUCACGCGUUCCAUUAUUUGGUUUCGGAGAUAAAACCAGUAACGUAGAAGGCAAAGUAGCUCUUAGUGCUGUUUUCUUCCAAAAGGCAAGUACAGUCGUCUAGGUGACUUGCUCUCUUCUGUUGCGUCGAUCAGUCUUGAAUCUCAGGUGGCUAGUGUUGGAAAUGUUAUGAAGCAUAAAUGGAAUCUGUAUCGGAGUCCAAGUUAACAUAUUGGGAUAAAGAAAUUGCAUAAAAGACAUGGAAAAAAAUUAAGGCUUUUGAUUAUUGUAAGUAUAGAAUAUUUCUGUUUCUGUCCUGUAAAUUCACACUUUUAGUAAGCUUCAAAACUGAAUAGUAGCAGUUGGGCAUAGAGAUCUGUAUUGUAUUCCAGGUGCUAAAAUUAAGUGCUAAGAAAAAGUGUUUUUUACUAUGUAAACUACAAAAGUGGCAUUGAAUGGGUAGUCUGAAGGAGAGUGCUGCUUCUGGGUUUAAAGAAAAUACCCUCGCAUCAAAGCUGAACUUAACCUGUUGCUCUUAAGAUGAAGUUAGCUGUGAGCUGUGUGGAAUGGUGAAGUUUGUGCUUUAAGUGCUUGUUUCUUUUGUGAUCUUUGUCUUUUGCAGUUGGCUGAAUGUCUUUUCUUUGGUAGCAUUUAAAAGCAGGAGCAGGUCCUAUCAGGUGCAUCUUAAGCUGAUGCAGACUUUCUCCCAGGUCCGCUCUAUUCAGUAAUGACCUUUGAAGUUUUGGGGUAUGCUUCCUCAGUGUUGCAAGGUCACUUUUACUGCAUGUUACACAAGGGCAGAUGUAUUUAUUCAUUCAUUUAUAAGUUCUGGAAUGCCAUAUGAAGAAACAGUGGGUUGGUGUUAGGAUUCUUGACUCAUACUGGUUUGUUCAAAUGAACGGAGUUCUGAUAGCGUAAAGAAAGUUUCUUGCCUUUGCUCUCAGAAGUUGCUUUGGUUAGAAGACAGAUCAGUGAGUUGAGUACAUUUUGGUAAGUCUAAAUUCACUGCUUUUAGAAAACUUGUGAUGACUACAGUUUUGUAAAAACACUGAGAUAGCAAAUGUUUGCAGUUCAUCUGCAUUUCUAGUUGAAGCUGGAAAUCCAGAUGAGCAAUUUAAGUGUUACGUUGUUUUUUUUUGUUGUUGUUUUGUUUUUUUACGUGACUAAGAUUAAAAAGAAAAGUACAAAAAGGUCAAUUAACUGAUCAUUAAUUGCAAAUUGUCAUAAUUUCUUUUGUAAUAGCUGUGUUAUAGUUGUUUUGAGCAAUAUUUUCAAAAGUAGUAAGAUAACAGAAAUGAACAAAUAUGCUCUUACAUGGAGAAGGAAGAAUAUAGUAGAUGUGGAGAAGACUAGUAAUUGUGGAUGUUUCAGCAGCUGUUUAAAUAAAGGUAUUAAAGCUUAUGUACAUAUUGACUGUAUGUGGAGUUUUGAGAAAUCAAAUCUGUAUUACGUACAUGCUAUUUACAUGCAAACAGCUGCAGAGGGAAUAUCGUCAGAGGUACCACUCCCUCAGUUCUUUUAGUAGGGCAACUUUGAGUUGUGCUGCCAUUUUUCUUCUAACCUAUAUCUUUUGUACUGAUGGGAAAUCUUGAUGGACAUGUCAAAUGUUCUCUGUUAUAGAAGAAAGUAGGACGUUCCUAUUAGAUGUAUGGUGAAGAAAAAGUUGCACCCAGUAAUUAUAAGUGCUACUUCUAACAAUAGAUACAGUGCCUUUUUAAAACAAGCAGCAAGAAGUAAAGAUGAUACUGCAAAUCAUUUAUCUGAAGUAUGCAGAUCAAACAGAUGUAUGUCAAUUUUAUUGGUGGAUAGAGAAGGAUGAUGGCAGGCAAUAACCAGCUUUGCAUUCGACGUUGGACGACCAAGAACGUGGCCAAGUGGCUGAAGGAAGAAGGCUUCUGUGAAUAUGUGGAUAUUUUGUGCAAUAGACACAGGCUAGAUGGAAUUACAUUGCUGACACUUACAGAAUACGAUUUACGAUCCCCUCCAUUGGAAAUCAAAGUCCUGGGGGAUAUCAAAAGGCUAAUGUUGUCCAUACGCAAGCUACAGAAACAACAUAUCGAUGUCCUAGAAGAGCUGGGUUACAACAGCGAUAGUCACAUUGGCACAGCAUGCACUACUGUUGGUUCGCUGCAGGGUGCAGAUUGGUUUUGUAAUGGUGAAGUACCUCGGGACUAUGAUGGGCCAAUUACUGACUUGAAUGGUGAUCAAUAUCAAUAUGCAAAUGGCAAAAACAAACACUCCACGAGGAGACUGGACCCAGAGUACUGGAAAACAGUUUUGAGUUGUGUAUAUGUCUUCAUAGUGUUCGGCUUUACAUCAUUUGUUAUGGUUAUAGUACACGAACGAGUACCUGACAUGCAAACGUAUCCACCUCUACCAGACAUAUUUCUAGAUAGUGUCCCAAGGAUACCAUGGGCUUUUGCUAUGACUGAAGUAUGUGGUGUAAUUCUUUGCUACAUUUGGCUAUUGGUUCUUCUGCUUCACAAACACAGAUCUAUACUUCUGCGAAGGCUGUGCAGCCUCAUGGGGACAGUAUUCUUACUACGUUGCGUUACAAUGUUUGUUACCUCACUUUCCGUGCCAGGCCAGCACUUGCAGUGUACUGGAAAGUUGUACGGCAAUGUUUGGGCAAAACUCCAACGGGCAUUUGCAAUAUGGAGUGGCUUUGGAAUGACUCUGACUGGAGUACAUACGUGUGGCGAUUAUAUGUUCAGUGGCCACACUGUUGUCCUGACCAUGCUCAACUUCUUUGUCACAGAAUAUACGCCAAGGAGCUGGAACUUCUUGCACACCUUAUCCUGGGUCCUGAACCUCUUUGGAAUCUUCUUCAUUUUGGCUGCACAUGAACAUUACUCUAUUGAUGUCUUCAUUGCCUUUUACAUCACUACAAGACUCUUUUUAUAUUACCACACGUUGGCUAAUACUAGAGCAUAUCAGCAGAGUAGAAGAGCAAGGAUCUGGUUUCCAAUGUUUUCUUUUUUUGAAUGCAAUGUUAAUGGUACUGUUCCCAAUGAGUACUGCUGGCCAUUCUCAAAACCUACGAUAAUGAAAAGACUGAUUGGCUGAAGAGUGUGAAUGUCAUUUCAGAUUUUUAUGCACUGUUAUGACUAAGACCCUACAAGGCUAGCUGGAGGGGACAUGAAGUAACAGUUUUCACUCCAUGGCCACUGCCUCCUUGUCUUGCUUCUUAGAUUCUCAGCCAUAGAAUGGGGUUGCCACACUCUGCAGGGAUGUGUUUUGUUCCUGUUUUAAUGGAAGACAACAUGGGGACUGGUAGAGGCAAUCAGUGAAUCAUAACUACAAACCAGAAUAGUAAGGUUCUGUGUGAAUGUUUAAGUAACUUCAAGUCACUUCAAAUGUGUGCUUGUACUGAAUAUAAUAUACCCUUUGCAGGUCCAGUUAAUCACCUUUACCUGACAUGCCAGCCUUUAUGUACACUGACUAAAAAAUUAGAACCUUACAAUGACUUCCUUUUAAAACAUUCAUAAAUUUAAUUCUUGAAACAAACUCUGCAUAUACUUAAAGAUUGAGGAGUAGUGUCAUAAUGAGGAAAGCAAUACAGUUCCUUGCUAAAAGAGUCUCUUAACUGUUAAUAGUAAGUCUUAAAGUAUAAUUGACAAUAUAAAUGGUCUACGUACGGAUUGCCAAAAAUGAAAGUCUGCCUUGUGGCUAUAGAAUGAUGUUUUGUUUUUCUUUUUUUUGAUGAGAGGUUAUUUAGUCCAGUCUAUCAACUGUCUAUAUGGUUGUUCUGCACUUGAAAGUUUUCCCUUUUGUUUUAAAUAAAUGAGUUAAAG